CCCCUUGGCCCUGUUCUCUGAAGGCCCCUCAUCUCACUCUUGGGCUCCCCAACCAUCACAACUGGACGUUCAGGAGUGAACACCAAACUCCAUUCCUCAGGGCCCACCCUCCUCUUAGGCCAGCUCCAUCUCUGGGCUGCAGUGUGGGUUUUCUAGCUGAGUGGGUACCCGGUCUGCCAGAGGCUUCCUAGUGGCUCCUAGGGAUCAGGAGCACUGUGAAAGCAUCGCACGGAAUGCUCUGGCCCUGCAAGUAUGCUGUUAGAAUAUGAUCCUCUGCCCUGUCGAAGCCCCACCCCCAAGGAAGAGACUGCAGAUCAUUCCUGGUGGAAGGCCCCCCACUGCCUCAUGACCAGGCUGACAAGUUCGACCUUAGUUGGGACCAGCAACUGAACCUUGCAUACAUAGGUGCCAUCCCACACGGUGGCAUCGAGCAGGUCCGAGUACACUGGCUGUUGAACCUCGUCACUGCCAGCAGGGGCCUGUCUGGGCAGGGCCUGACUUACAACUUCACUCACCUGGAUGCAUUUCUGGACCUUCUCAUGGAGAACCAGCUUCUUCCGGGAUUUGAGCUGAUGGGCAGCCCCUCAGGGCACUUCACGGACUUUGAGGACAAGCAGCAGGUGUUUGAGUGGAAGGACCUGGUCUCUCUCCUAGCCAGGAGAUACAUUGGUAGGUAUGGGCUGACAGAUGUUUCCAAAUGGAACUUCGAGACAUGGAACGAACCAGACCACCAUGACUUUGACAAUGUGUCCAUGACCAGCCAAGGCUUUCUGAACUACUAUGAUGCAUGCUCUGAGGGGCUGCGCACUGCCAGCCCCACCUUGCAGCUGGGUGGCCCUGGGGACUCCUUCCACCCCCUGCCAAAGUCACCGCUGUGCUGGAGCCUUCUGCAUCACUGUGCCAAUGGAACCAACUUCUUCACGGGUGAGGUGGGCAUGCGACUGGACUACAUCUCUCUGCACAAGAAGGGUGGGGGCAGCUCCAUCUCCAUCCUGGAGCAGGAGGUGGCAGUCAUGGAACAGAUCCAGCAGCUCUUCCCUAAGUUCAAAGACACCCCUAUUUACAAUGAUGAAGCAGAUCCUCUGGUGGGCUGGUCACUGCCACAGCGUUGGAGAGCAGAUGUGACUUAUGCAGCCAUGGUCGUGAAGGUCAUCGCACAACACCAGAACCUGCUGGUUGGUAACACCGGUUCUUCGGUGCAUUAUGCACUCCUAAGCAACGACAAUGCCUUCUUGAGCUACCACCCACACCCUUUCUCACAGCGCACGCUGACUGCCCGCUUCCAGGUCAACAACACCCAGCCACCCCAUGUGCAGCUAUUGAGAAAACCCGUUCUCACUGCCAUGGGGCUGCUGGCCCUGCUGGAUGGAGAGCAACUCUGGGCAGAGGUGUCACAGGCUAGGGCUGUAUUGGACAGCAACCAUACAGUGGGUGUUCUGGCCAGCACCCAUCACCCUGAAAGCUCCUCUGAGGCCUGGCGUACCACAGUGCUGGUCUACGCCAGUGAUGACACCCAUGCGCACCCCAACCACAGUAUCCCUCUGAUUCUACACCUGCAUGGAGUGUCCCCCGGUCUUGGGCUCGUCUAUGUGGUAUACUACCUAGACAACCAACUCUGCAGCCCCCAUAGUGAGUGGCAGCUCAUGGGUCAGCCUGUCUUCCCCUCUGCAGAGCAGUUCCGACAUAUGCGAAUGGUGGAGGACCCAGUGGCUGAAGCACCGCGCCCUUUCCCCGACGGGGGCCGGCUGAUGCUGCACCGGAAGCUUCCGCUUCCCUCACUCCUGCUGGUGCACGUGUGCGCACGCCCCUUGAAGCCACCAGGCCAGGUCACCCGGCUCCGUGCACUGCCCCUGACACGAGGGCAGCUGGUUCUGGUCUGGUCAGAUGAGCACGUGGGCUCAAAGUGCCUGUGGACUUACGAAAUCCAGUUCUCCCCAAAGGAUGAGGCGUAUGCUCCAAUCAGCAGGAGGCCAUCCACCUUUAACCUCUUUGUGUUCAGCCCAGAUUCGGCUGUGGUCUCUGGCUCCUACCGGGUGCGAGCAUUGGACUACUGGGCCCGUCCGGGCCCCUUCUCAGACCCUGUGACUUACCUGGAGGUCCCUACCUUGUGAAGGUCACUGGCUCCUGAUGACUGGAGAACCUGUAGUGACUGGUGAAUGGGGACAGCCCAGGGUAGACUGGACGACCACUGGCUGGUCAGUUGGCCAUCAGCUCCUUUUGUUGUCCCCAUUCCCUUUUAAAGUACCUUUCUCUACCUCA